GAGCAGAGUGGAAUUCUUAAGACUGAGUUUGGGGAAACACAAGAUGAGAAAAGACCUAGAAAAAGGAGGUGUUGAAGACUAGAGCAAUGUUCUCUUUGGGUACUGUGGUUGCCUUUUACUGUAAAGGAGCUCAAUCAGUAAUAUUUCAGUUUUGAUUUUAAAGUUCUGUAAUAAACAACCUCACAUGGUAGGGAGAGGAGGGAGGUGUAGAGAAUUGCUGCUUGUGGUGUCGGUGCGCCCUCUGCUGGCGAGCUGAGACAUGCUCAUCUGAGAAGGAUGGGACCUUCAUUCCCCAGCCAGUUUCUCUUGUGGAUGGGGGACCAGCCUUAUUGUGUGGAGAAGACAGCAGAUGGCGCCAGAGAAACGCUAAUCCUUGGACCCUAGAGGAGAUGGGGAGUAGCUCUUUAAGGACAAAGUAGACAAGUGGGUAAAGACACAGGUGGUGCCCAGAUUUUUCCCCUGUGUAGGCCGCUGUUCCCACAAACAGGCCUUGUGGGCAGGACAUUCUGUCUCCACUGCCAAGUCAGUAACUUCCUGUCCCUGCCUCAGGACUAUAACUGCAGCUGCCGCUCAGACAGCUUGUCAAAACCACCUGCAGCUCAGGAUCCAGGAGCAUGGUCACAGGAAACUGGGCUUUUGGGGCAUUCCUUAGGAGCUGCUCCUGUCCCCAGAAUUCCAUGAUGGGGGUCCAUACCCUUGUAGGUGUGCUGAUCAUGGUGGGCUUCGUGGUGGGAAAGCCUCCUGUUCCUGAAGUGCGGACCUGCCACUUGUGCCUCGUAGAAGAUCCCACUGUAGGAUGCAUUUCAGGCUCAGGGAAGUGCACCAUAAGCACCUCAUCCCUGUGCAUGGUGAUCACCAUCCAUAGUUAUGGCAAGACUCGCUUCAACAUCCGUGGCUGUGGACAGCACAAUUCCUACCGCUGCAAAGAACUCCGCAGCACCUAUAUAACAGAUUACUGGUACCAGGUCCAGUGCUGUCAGUAUGAUUACUGCAAUUCCUGGUCCAGCCCCCAGCUCCAGAGCUCCCUGGCCGAGCCCCACGGCAGGCUCAUGCCCCUGUCUGACUUGCAGAUCCAGCAGUUCUACCAGGCCUUGAACCUUUCACUGCCUCAAUCUCGCUUUCAUGCUGUGAAGGAGCCUGAAGGCCUGGACCCCCUGGCCACCCUGCGCCAGAACCUGGGCCUAUCCACUGCUGAACUGCGCCACAUCUACUUGUUCUUAAACAGUUCGGGACUUCUGGUUCUUCCCGGUGCUGGACCCUGAUAGCCCCUUCUCAGAUCCUGUUGUCCCGCAUGUCUCCCUCACACCCCCAAGCUCCCUGCACGGCUCUCUCUCAGGACGCUCGUGUUCUCUGGUCACGGUGAUCCCUUAGGCUUCCCUCCUUCAGAUUUCCGGUGUCUAUAGCUUUGAUUCUUUUCCUCUCCUGAGCCCUAGUGGUGUUCUUUUUUCUAGACAAGAAUCUCAAGGAUGGGGUCUUCCCAGGCUGGCCAGAGAAAGGCACAAUCUUUUCUUUCAUCCCUUUGUCAUCAUCUGAAUGUCCAUCAUCUUCCCCCUCCUCUCUCAAUCUUAUUACCUGCCAUUUCAACUCAGAUCUAGCUCUGUCUCUAAGACCCAGUGCCAUACUGAACUUGAAGCAAGAAGGAUGAGGGGUAGAUGCCUGUAGAUUCCUUGACUGCGGUCUGGUGUCCCUGCCUCACUGUCUCCACCUCUUGGUUUCCUUUUGCCUUCUGUCUUUUAUCACAGUCUCUGGCUGCCUCAGUCCCAUCUUACCUCACCAAGCUCAUCACCCACACCCAUGGGCACCUCAUAAGAGGAGACAGGGUGCUCUUCUGUGCCCCAUAUCACUUGUUCCUCCACAAUAAACUGGGCCUGGGCUAAAUCUGUGUCACAUUGUUUAUGGGUUCUGGUUCAGGUGUGGGCAGGUGGAGACAGGUUAGAGAAGGUUAAUUAAGUGUGGGAUUGAGCCCUACCCACUCCACUCAGCUUUUGUGGCCUCUUGUUCUGUCUCGAAGAGCCAACAUCCUACCCAACCCUCUGCUCAGCUAGAGGUGAAAGCAGCCUACAGUACCUAAAAAGUUUAGCCCAGUUGACCAAAUGUCCGCAACAGCUGGAGCUGCGCCGAUCUGAAGGCAGGAGCCAGGAGCUUCUUCCAGGUCUCCCACAUGGGUGCAGGGGCCCAAGGACUUGGGCCAUUUUCCACUGCUAUCCCAGGCCAUAGCAGAGAGCUGGAUCAGAAGAGCAGCCGGGACUGGAACUGGCGCCCAUACAGGAUGUCAGCACUUCAGGCCAGGGCUUUAACUCACUGUGCCACAGCGUUGGCCCCAACCAUGUUUUAUCACCUACAAGAAAAGAAAAACUAUUUUCAAACCAGGAAGAUUUAGGAACCUAUCACGUUCCCGAAUCACGUGGUGCUGAGACAUGAACUUCUGUCUUUUCAAGGAUCUUGCGAUUAGAAACCCUCUGUUCUGAUUGAAGAAGGAGGUGCAAAGAGUAUUGAUGGGGCUAUAAUAGUUGGCUCUUCAUGUUUUUUUUUCUUAAAGAUUUAUUAUUUGAAAGUUACACAGAGAAGAAGAGACAGAGAGGUUUUCCAUCCGCUGGUUUACUCCCCAGUUGGCCACAAGGGCUGGAGCUGUGCUGAUCCGAAGCCAGGAGCUUCCUCCAGGUCUUCCCACAUGGGUGCAGGGGCCCAAGGACCAGGGUAUCUUUUUUUUUUUUUUUUUUUUGAGAAAGGUCUUCCUUCUUUUGGUUCAUCCCCCAAAUGACCGCUACAGCCGGUGUGCUGCACCGAUCCGAAGCCAGGAGCCAGGCGCUUCUCCUGGUCUCCCAUGCGAGUACAGGGCCCAAGCACUUGGGCCAUCCUCCACUGCCUUCCUGGACCACAGCAGAGAGCUGGACUGGAAAAGGAGCAACCGGGACAGAACCUGGCACCCCAAAAGGGACUAGGACCCGGGGUGCCGGUGCCACAAGCGGAGGAUUAGCCUAGUGAGCUGCGGUGCCAGCCAGGAGCAGGGUAUCUUUUACUGCUUUCCCAGGCCACAGCAGAGAGCUAGAUUGGAAGUGGAGCAACUGGGACUCGAACUGGUGCCCAUAUGGGAUGCGGGCACUCAGGCGGCUGCUUUUCCCACCAUGUCAGGUGCUGGGUCCGGCUCUUCAUUUUAAUAUUUUACUUUUAAAAAAUUAGAAACACGUACACGAAGGAGUAAUGGAAACAACCCUUUCUGUACAUUCAGUAGACACUGGGUGUAAACUGCUCUGAGCUGGGUCAGGUGUUAAGCACCAGGACUUCCAGCUGAGUGUAGCCAGGUGUCUGCCCCCUGAGUCUUACAUCCCAGUACUGGGGUUGUGGAACCGUUUUCUUAAUUUAUUUGAAAGGCAGAGAGACAGUUCCCAUCUACUGGUUCACUCCCCAAAUGCUGCAACAGUGGGGCCUUGGGGACAGGAGCCAGGAACUCGGUCUACAUCUCCCAUGUGGGAGGUGAGAACCAGUACUUUGGUGGUCAUCUACUGUCUCCCAUUGCGCACAUGAACAGGAAGCUGGACUUGGAAGUAGAGCUGGGAUUUGAACCCAGGCACUCCUGUAUGGGAUGUACAGCUUCUUGGUCACGAAGACAAGUGCCCAGCCCCAAGAAACCUUUCCCUAAAAAGCAAUCCCAGCUCCUCUGCCAUUGUGUCAAUCUCUGCUUUACUGGUUAUCUCUCAGGUGGGAAUAUAGUAUCUGUAACCAGCUUCCCAAGCUAAAGGCCUUGGCAAUACCCAAAGCUGCCCUUGUGCCCCUUCCCAUGUACUCCUGGUCAGCAGUAGCCAUUGUCCUGGUUUGGAGCACUUUAGAUGAGUUUGUCUGAUGAAAGUAUUUACAGCAUAUAUUCAUACCUAUACAAUGCUUUGUACAUGUAUUAAUAGACAAUGGGCCGGCGCCACGGCUCACUAGGCUAAUCCUCCCCCUUGCGGCACCGGCACACCGGGUUCUAGUCCCGGUUGGGGCACCGGAUUCUGUCCCGGUUGCCCCUCUUCCAGGCCAGCUCUCUGCUGUGGCCCGGGAGUGCAGUGGAGGUUGGCCCAAGUCCUUGGGCCCUGCACCCCAUGGAAGACCAGGAUGAGCACCUGGCUCCUGCCAUCAGAUCGGCGCAGUGCGCCGGCCGUAGCGCGGCUGCCAUUGGAGGGUGAACCAACGGCAAAGGAAGACCUUUCUCUCUCUCUCUCUCACUGUCCACUCUGCCUGUCAAAAAAAUAGACAAUGGACUGUGCUUUAGCAGAAGACACCAAACUGAUGUUAAUUUGUAGGUCAUGAGCUAGCCGGAGGCACAAAGGAACCAACUCUCUGUCCUCAGCUUGCUGGGUCUACCUUUCCCCUUUAGCCUCUGACCUCAGUAUAAGAAUGACACACAUUUGUUAAGCUCUAGCAGGCAAGAUUACAGUAUUAGAAGGAUAAGGAGUCCAAGACUCCAAAUUAACUUGCCAAGGUCUUUAAAGAGGGAAGGUGACCCUAGAAUUAAAGACCAGGGUUCCACAGGGUUCUUUUCCAGAGUGGCCUCAUCAGGGCCUUGUACUUUUGCGGCCCCUCCUCCUCCCUUUUUCUUUUUUAAAGAUUUAUUUUGUUUAUUUGAAAGAGUUACAGAGAGAGGUAGAGAGAGGUCUUCCAUCCACUGGUUCACUCCCCAGUUGGCCGCAAUGGCUGGAGCUGUGCCUAUCUGAAGCCAGGAGCCAGGAGCUUCUGGGUCUCCCACGUGGGUGCAGGGGCCCAAGGACUUGGGCCAUCUACUACUUUCCCAGGCCACAGCAGAGAGCCGAAUCGGAAGAGGAGCAGCCAGGGCUUUAACCCGCUGUGCUACAGUGCCAGCCCCCCUCCUCCCUCUAAAACCCCUCUGGACCUUCCCUCCAGCCCCCACCCAGCUCUGGUCUCAUAGCACUUCUGAGCAUGUCAGCCAACCUGAGUGUCAUCGGCGGGCCUCCAGCACCUCCUCACCAUCUCAUGCCUGUGGACAGUCAGGCCUGCCUCCCUCAGCCUCCACCCGCUCCAGAGGAGAGAGAAACCAAACAGUUUGCACGC